AUAGAAAGGUGCGUUUCACCGGUUUAUAUCGUAUAAAAGACUAAAUUAACCUCCGUGUUGUCUAUGUUUCUGUUACUGUGUGUGUGUGUUCUAGAAGAUUAAACCGAUGUGUUUUUUUUAACAUAUAUUAUUAUUAUUUUCAAAGGGAAUUGUGGGUUGCAUUUAUAUCUUCUAUCGUAAAAAGUGGACCUAUCUGUUUGGAUUGAGGUCAGGCUGUUGUAUUAAUUUAUAACACGCUCCAGAAGCCAGUGGGCCAGGUAUGUGCUACUGCUACGUGCGCUUAUUAAAAGGUUGACACCCCACGUUGGUAUCUGUUCUUAGUUCAGACUGAGAACAAAUAAGCAAACCACCCAUUUUGUGUUUGGCACAUGAAGCAACAAUAUUACACUAAGUGGUGUAGGCGUUUCUGAGUUUGAGGCUCCCACUGCUGUCGGGUCCAUUGUGUGGAUGGAUCCAGGUCCAGAGGGAGGAGGAGAGCACGAGCCGAGCAGAUAAGAGCAGAGCUGGCUGCUGCCACUAACCCACAUUCUCCACAGACGGGACGGCUUCUUGUUUUUGUUUCAGUCCAUAAAACACCGACACCACACGCCAGGAGGGACCGAGGGGACAUGAGAAUCGUGAAGAGGGCCCGUAUUUGCGUUUUGUUGCGCCUACACCAAACCCGUUGAGUCGGUCCGAGCAGCGUCCGGCAUGGGGAAGGAGGUAAACGGUGUUUCACGGAGCCGGUUCGAGAUGUUCACAAAUAGUGACGAGGCGGUCAUCAAUAAGAAGCUGCCUAAGGAGCUGUUGCUACGAAUCUUCUCCUUUCUGGAUGUGGUGACACUCUGUCGCUGUGCCCAGGUCUCUCGGUCCUGGAACGUCUUGGCCCUCGAUGGCAGCAACUGGCAAAGAAUCGAUCUCUUUGAUUUUCAGAGGGACAUUGAGGGGCGGGUUGUGGAGAACAUUUCAAAGCGAUGUGGAGGGUUCCUCCGGAAGCUGAGCUUGAGAGGCUGUCUGGGAGUUGGUGACAGCGCCUUAAGGACUUUUGCACAAAACUGCAGGAACAUUGAGCUGCUCAGUCUGAAUGGCUGCACCAAGAUCAGUGACAGCACAUGUAGUAGUCUCAGUAAGUUCUGUCCUAAACUGAAGCACCUGGACCUCGCCUCCUGUACCUCCAUCACCAACCUGUCACUUAAGGCUCUAAGUGAGGGCUGUCCCUUGUUGGAGCAGCUGAACAUCUCUUGGUGUGAUCAGAUCACCAAGGAUGGCAUCCAGGCCCUGGUGCGCUGCUGCCCUGGACUCAAAUGCCUUUUCCUUAAGGGCUGCACACAGCUUGAAGACGAAGCUCUGAAGUACAUCGGAGCUCACUGUCCAGAGCUGGUGACCCUCAACCUCCAGACCUGCUCGCAGAUCACAGAUGAAGGCCUCAUCACUAUUUGCCGGGGUUGCCACCGCCUGCAGUCUCUGUGUGUGUCGGGUUGUGCCAACAUCACAGACGCCAUCCUGCACGCCCUGGGACAGAACUGUCCUCGCCUCAGAAUAUUAGAAGUGGCUCGCUGCUCUCAGCUUACAGACGUGGGCUUCGCUGCAUUAGCGAGGAGUUGUCACGAGCUAGAGAAGAUGGAUUUAGAAGAAUGUGUGCAGAUCACAGAUGGAACUCUUAUCCAGCUGUCUACCCACUGCCCUCGUUUGCAAGUCCUUAGCCUUUCUCACUGUGAGCUGAUCACAGACGACGGCAUCAGGCACCUCGGCAGCGGCCCCUGUGCUCACGAUCGUCUGGAGGUGAUCGAGCUGGACAACUGCCCCCUGAUCACAGACGCCUCGCUGGAGCACCUGAAAAGCUGCCACAGCCUGGAUCGCAUCGAGCUCUAUGACUGCCAGCAGAUCACGCGCGCCGGCAUCAAGAGGCUAAGGACUCACCUGCCCAACAUCAAAGUGCAUGCAUACUUUGCCCCCGUCACUCCGCCUCCCUCGGUUGGGGGCAGCCGCCAGAGGUUUUGCCGCUGCUGUGUCCUGCUAUGAUGUAAAGACCCUUCAAGCCAGCGUACUCAUCAGCCUUGCUCCCUGCAGCUGGUCUCUCAACCCCGCCCACACACACGCCCCGCAUCCGGUCUACAUCCUGUUCCCUGCCUUUGUUCCUUUGGAGCUGCAGAUCAGAAGAGAAACACACAAGUUUUCCUAGAGGGCAGCUCUGAGCCGUGGCCGACGGCCGGAACGCAUUCCUGACCCGUCUCCAGCAGAAACACCAGUAUUACAAAUGAGGUACUGCAAGAACCCGAGGAGGGGGAACGCUGUUCAUCAAAUGGAAGUAUGAAUCGGGCUUAGCUCGUCUAAGAGCAUCCUGUUUGUUUGUUUGUUUGUUUGUUUUUUGGUGUUGAAGAUCACUGAACAGCUACCUCUGGACAGGAAGUUCACCUGAUUCAAACCAGUGUUGGCUUGACUUUGCAGGCUGACCGUUUCUUUUCAGAAGACCCCCGACAAACACAAAGCAGCAGGAAGCUUUAUGUGUUUGUUUGUUUUUUUCAUUUAAAAGUACUUGCAGCUAUUUGCACUCACAGGAAAACAACCAGACACUUUACCAAAACAACCAUCUCGUAACAGAAGACUACCGCCGCACGUCUGGGCUUGCAGACAGUUUGUUCUCACCUCUCUGUUACAGUCAGAAGCUUCAAGAUGCCGAAGAGAGAGGAGGGAAAAAAGUUUCAUAUUUUUCUAAAAGCAGAUGCUGAUCAGGACUCAGAAGGGGGGGUGCUCAAGAAGAUGCCAAAUGUUGCACGUGACUCCUAGUUUUUUAAAGCGAUCCGUUGUAAAUAGAACUGUGGAAGCCGAAGCCAGCUGCAGAGCAUCGUCGUCGUUACAGAGAGAGAGGCUGAUGGAGUUCUGGAGCUAGAGCUGUCGGCCUGCAGAUGAACUCAUAAAUGGCUCACAUCAACAGAAAAUCUACAUUUUUAUUAAAAUAAAAAUCAUGGGGAAAAAUCAAAUCCUGAAUCGCUACAGGACUUCCCGCUGUCGGAACGGGACGAUGGAGACAAAAGUCCGACUGAGAAACAAUCAGGUCCAUGUGGUUCUUGUUUCGGAUGAAGGAGCCGUCACGUGUUUGACGUCGGGGGUGCCGUCCACAGCACUCCCAUGAGGCCUUGCAGGAGAAGCAGCGAUGCUGCCACCUCUCCUUGUGUGCAGGACCGUAGACGCUGCAGCAGGCUCAAACCGGAUCCGGAAUGAGGUUUGACUGAAAAGCAAACAUACGACUCGAAUUCCUACCACAGGACUCUACAGACUUCAGCUCCGAGUCCUCUGAACUCUGUACUCAAAUCUUUUUUUUUUUUCCUUUUCUCGUCCUGCACUCGCACCGGCUUUCUAAACGUGUCAUUUCCUGUUUUUCUUUCUCUUUUUGUCCUCCUGACCUGUUUCUCUGUUUUGCUGUGGUUUGGGUUCUCCAGGUUGCGUUUGAGUCCUCGUUCCAGUCCUAGAUUUUGAUUCAGUUAAGAUUGUUUUCUUCAUUAAGAGUUUAUUGUUACAAAAUGUUCCCAAGUGUAUUCCCUGUAUUCCUCCCAGGGGAAGGGUUGGCAUCUGUGCGGUUGAAGUUAAUGUUUCAGGUCCUUGGUUUUUAUUUCUUGCAUUUCCAAAUAUUCCUCCUGGUUCUGUCUGCCCAGAUGCUUCAAAUGAGACGUGUAGAUUAUCCACAAACAUCCCCGUUUGGGUUUAAAGUUUGCAGCCACAUGAUGAUUUUAUUCAGUGGGAAUUUUGACAGCUACAAGACCGGUUUGAUCCACUCUGAUCCGUUUUGUUGGAGGGGAGCUUUACGGGGAUCAGGGAGGAGCGGAGCAUUGAAAAAGGCGGAUAAAUGAAAUUUCCUCCCAUUGCUGCAUUCCCAAGGUUAAAGAGCAGGGAAAGUCGCGUAUAAGAUGUGGUUUAAAACACACCUGUCCUCACCAGCAGCUUCACCUGCUGAAGGGUUCAUAACACUACAGGCUCCGACCGUUCAAAACACCAACUUAUGUUUCUGAACUGCUGCGUUUCUCUUGUCUCUCUGGUUUACAUAGCAAUCUAUUUGUUAUGGAUCCACUUUUGGUCCCAAACACUGGAAUAAGGUUGAUCCAUGAGGACCGAAGUGUCGGUGUUGGUGGUCGGUCCCCACCUGAGAAAAUGAAACCGUUUUCAAAGUGACUUUAAUUCAUUUAAUUACUGUAAAUCUUUUCCUUCUCUCUCUUUUUACAAUUAACCAAUAUAAAUAUGUAUGAAUAAAUAUAUGCCUAUAUUAUUAAAAAAUGUCUAAUUU